AUGCUCUGGGACGCUAUCAAGAUGGCUUUCUCGCCACUGCUUUUACCACAUACCAUUCUAAUUGGCACAGUAAGCUACCCGUUUCGUCUUCUUCCAACUCCUUCUUCUAUGGUUCUCUUGUUCGAGUCGGUGGUAGUUGUCUACCAAUACACAGCCAUGGCAGCUAUGUGGGGGGCAUUUGUUGGAUGCAUCAAUCUCGUUAUCUUCUACAUAGUUGGACGUACACUGACGCCAAAAGGCGAGACUGUGUCUAUUUCGCCAGUGUUUUGUGAACAAGAUGGUGUCCAAGCAGAUACGUACAAGAGAGACGUGCUGCCCAGGGGGGAGGAGACCAGUAAAGAGUCGAUGAGUUUUGAACUACAACAGUUAUCACGACAAACAUCACCCCAACCAUCACCCCAACCAUCACGACAAACAUCACGACAACCAUCACGACAACCAUCACGACAACCAUCACCCCAACCAUCACCCCAACCAUCACGACAAACAUCACGACAACCAUCACGACAAACAUCACGACAACCAUCACGACAAACAUCACGACAACCAUCUCCUCCCUCCUCCUCUUUGCUUUCGGCAAACACUCUCUCCUCCUUCACUGAACUCUCUACAAGGCAAAAACAAUGA